AUGUUGGGAAUGAUAAGGUGGGUUCUUGAAGGAACAUUAGUGGCGAUGCUUCUAUCGGCAAUAAGGAGGGAAACAGGAAUGAUAUUCUUCUACAACCGGUACCAACUGGGCGGCUGGAUACACAGGUAUAUGUCAUGGGGAGAAAUGUGCUAUUCAAGGACGCUGAAGAUGGUUAAGCGUUCCAGUCUUUUCAGAAAGCAGUUGAGCGAGGACGGGUUCGGGCGUAUCCAUGAUAAUAGCCCAAAACAAAGGAGAAAGGAUCAGUCCCAGUACAGUAGUAGGUUCGUGGAGCUAGAUUAA